AUGUUUUCGCUUGCUGUUGAAGGUGUUGCUAUUGGUUUGGAUUUCUUUCUCUUUCGUCCCAGUGUAUGCAUUUUGGACGAAUACGUUCCAUUGUACUUAAGCCAAAUUGGUUACAGUGCCUCAUUUAUCGGCUUGGCUCCACUCCUUGGUCUUAUAACUCAAACUGUCGGCAUACCAUUGCUUGGCUAUCUGGCAGACAAAUUUCGAGCAAGAAGACUAUUCUUAUUUCUCUCUGUUUUUAUAUCAAUCCCUAGCACUUUGUUAUUUCUUGCUGCUGAAACCCCAGAACCAAUUUGUGAUGAAUCCAUGGGGAACUCGACCAUAACAAAUAUCACCAUAGUUACAGCGUUGAACAGAACAGACAAUUUUACCAGCUUACCAUCGGCAUUACCUUCGUUCUCCAUGAAAACUCAAAGUGACAAUAACGGAGAAAGAUUAAAAUUCUUUUUCAUGUUUAUGGUUUUAAGGGGAAUAUUUGAACUGUCAAAGAGACUUACUGUCACAUUGAUUACAGUUGCCGCUAUGACCCAUUUAAAGCAGGAUAAAUCAAAAUUCGGUUAUUAUGCAUGUUGGGGAGAAAUUGGCGGGUGGCCUUGCACUAUUUACUGUUGGAAUGUCGUUAUACCACUUCCAACAUAA